UCGGUGAGCGCUCGGUGGUUUUUGUAGCGGCACUUCAUCAUUGGCCAGUGUUUUCGUCAACCACUGUACACACAUGCGAGGUAUUUCCGCUACACUCGGGAUUUAGAGACGACUUGAAAAACAGUUAAAAGUCAACACUGUUAUGUUAAGAUGGUAAGAUGGAUUGCGUUAUUGGUGUCUUGUGUCAGCUCGUCUGGAUUUUACUGUCAGUGUGGACGAGACAAGCUAAAUUUCAAGACGUGAACCAGGCGUGUGAGUGGACGAUGUGUAGCGGCGGGUUCCGAAAGACGCAGCUCAACUGCAACGAGUCACUGAUCUUUGUGGAGAACGUCAGCACAUACUGGGGUGCGCCGGACAAGGUGGCGUUCCGUAAUAUCCGACAGAUGUGUCUAGGCGCCAAGAGCUGCGACAUCUCCAGGAUGUGCCAGGGGACGCUCAACCAGUUCUCCAGAAUCAGAUACGUCUGUGUCAACGCUUCCUCAAUCGAAAACCGUUGCGACUGGCCGGGCAACCUGAUCUGGCGACAGAGAGGCCACAUCCAGAGUCCCAGCUACCCUGCGGCCGUGGCGUCGCGGACGUGUUCGUGGCGCAUCUCCGCCCCAGAGGACCGCUUCGUGCACCUCUCCGUGCACGACGUCUCGUCCAACCCCGUGACGACGUCGUGCGACAGCGGACUGAACAUUUCCUUCCAGGACUGCUCGUCGGGUACCUGGAUGUCCCGGAUGUUCUGCGGGAACGACCUGCUCGACACCGAACUGCUGGGGUGUGGCAGUAUCGGAAUCCAGCUGGAGGGCGGGAGAAGAUUCGGGAGGGUCAGGUUUUGGCUCACGUAUGAUGUGACGUCCUCACCGGAAGCUGCCGUCGAGCCUCCAUUAUCGAAGUUCGCGGAGAAGUGUUACCUCGGCCGGGCGGCACAGAGCAGCGUGUUGACAGCAAGGUUGUCCCAGUUACCCGUGCUCAGACAGCUGGAUGCGCCGCUCAUAAUGACGUCAUCAACGUCAGACCCAGGAGGUCAAUACUAUACCACGUAUUCCGGAAGUGUGGAAGAAAUGGAAGCAGAAAGCUCGGGCCUAGAUACUAAAGUGACUGUCAUCAUCAUUGUGUCCGUGAUCGGAGGCGUGCUCAUCGUAGCCAUCGUCCUAGCCAUCAUCAUAUUCAAGCGUCCAAAGGUGGAGCGCAUAGAGCACGUGUACGCCGUCCCGACGACGACACAGGACAGCAAGUCAGCGGAACUCACCUACUACAGCCCCACCAACCCCAGCGAUCUGUUGCCCGGCAACAACUACAACAAGUCGCCGUACGUGGAGCGGGCAUUCGCGACCGUUACCGAGAGGCCCGUUCUCCGAGACGGCUACAGCGACGUGGCCGACUCCAUCACGCAGAAACGUCUCCGCUCGCCGACGUCUCCGGGGUACGCCGAAGUGGAGGACGUCUGUUCCGACGACCACUGCCACUGGCAUCAGAAGAAAUUCGCUUUCGUCGGUCAGAAAUCUCCAAAACCCCCGCACAGCCUAGCUCUGGCGGGACUGUCGCGUCCAAGGGAGACAACUCCAAGUAACUCGUCUGACUCGUACGGAAAUAACAAAAUGGCGGAAAAGGAUGAAUACGAAUCGAUAAUGUUACAGAGUUCGGAACACGGACCGGGGUUGUUCCACAUGGGGCAUACCCACUCGGGAAGCCCAGUAUGUGUUACUAGGAGGGGCUGGGAGAAGGACCCUGUUCUCAGUGGCAGAGAUCAAGGGAUGGAGUUCCGCCAUCCUCCCCCUCCAAAGGAUGUCAGUCGAAUGGGCGUGUCCGUUCUGCCCACGUCUGCUUCCCCACGUGAGACGCACUCGCAUUUCUACGAAAACGCCGUCAAGGUCAAAGCUCAAACACCCACUACGCCAAGAGAGACGAGAGAUAUGACCUACCAGAAUCAGACGAGUAUUCGAUGAAAUCAGUACAUGCCGUGGAAGACAAAUUUGAAGUUGUGGCAGAUGCGUGCAAGAGAUUGUGCAGGGAGAGGUGUCUAGAUUGUGAUAAGCAAAGUUUUUAAGGGGGUCGGGUCAUGCUCCCCCAAAAAUAUAUUAAAAAAGAAACAUAUUUUGGGACCUUCCUCUGCACACCUGUCUGAGUGAGGUCAUAGACGCAUACACCAAGUACUCGUACACAAAGACAGACUAUACGUCGGAGUAGCCCAUUCAAAGAUAAACUGAAGUGGUGGGGUCCUACAUCACGUACUCGUACACAUGCGCAUACCUCGUACGGAUCCGUCAAAGUGAUAGUUGAAGUGAUGGGGUCACAUACGCAUACAUACACACACAAAUUCGUAUA